AUGAGCUCUAAUUCAAUUGAAGGACGCAAAGCUCUGUAUAGUGAGAUACUCCCUAUAUUCCGUGAGGACUUUGACAAGGAUUUUGAUUUUGAUCAUGUCAAGUAUUGUACAAGGAACCUUUUUACCGAUUACGAGUUUGAAUAUAUAGACGAAAAGGCAGACACAAAAGAACAGAUUUAUCGUCUGAUAUGGGUGCUGCAAACGAAAACAGACGAAAUUAUUAAGAAAUUCCUGGAUGCCAUCAACGAAGGUUAUGAUUGGAUUGUGAAGAAAAUCAAGGCGGAGUAUGAAAACAACAGCGAAAAUACCAAAACCUUUGUGACAACACUGCGUAAUAUACAACUUGCUAAUCAAAUACACACCGAUUACAAUGUGCAUCGCCCAGACCCAUAUAUGACAUUGGUAGGCUAUUUGUGCCUUCUAAAAAUCGAUAGACCUAAUAGCGUUGUUCUGUUCGGUGAACCGGGUAGCGGCAAAAAAUGGCUAGCCAUCGAUGUUUGCUCUGAUUAUUCCGUAAUGAAAGAAAUGGACUUUAAAUUCUUUUGGAUUGAUUGUCUGAAUUGCACAACUGCCCAAGACUACUACGAUGCCUUAUUGAUCCUAAGGAAGAAACUUGAUCCGCAAUUUUUUUACCCAAAUUCUGUAGAAACUUCCCUUAACGAAAAAAUCAUCAAUUUAAAAUAUAGAAUUGAAUGCAUACCGAAACUCAAAUGUUUGCUAAUACUUCACAAUGUGCAAACUAAGGAGGUCGCGGAAUAUUUUAAUUUCGGCUAUAAACGUUUGAUUAUCACACGGAAUAAAAACGUCUACGAUUCGUUGUCCGAGAAAUACAGUUACAAAAUGAGCCUCGCUGACAGUGGUUUGGAUAUAAGCGAGUUUUAUUUACUGCUGGACAAAUAUAUUAAGUUCAAUUGGCGUGAAAGCCAAAUAUCAUACGUCAAUGAUAUCUAUCAUUCCAUCCAUGGGGAUCCGUACACGUUGAACAUAAUAGCUCAAAAAAUAUUAAAGGAGGAGAAAUCGAAUUGGGGCGAAUGGAAAAAGAACUUGGACAAAUUACACAUUCUAGAUGAAAAGGAUAAACAAUGUGUAGAAAACUCACUACAGAAAUUGGAAACAGACGAACGCAAACUCUAUGCCACUUUAUCGAUAUUUCCACAUUGUGCCAAAAUACCAGCUAAACUCUUGGCGACUCUGUGGAAAAAGGAUCUAACUGAGACCGAGAGAAUCAUACGCAAAUUCCGUACGACUUUACUUUUAAAGAUCAUGACCAUUCCAGACUGUGACCGUGAACCAAUAAUUUGUUGCCUUAAAUUUGUAGCCAGUUUAUACAUCAAGAAUAGUCCAGAUAUGCAGUCUCAAAUCGAUGCCGAGCAGUUGCACUGCGAUGUGGUGGAUUAUUACAAAGUCGAGGAACACUUAGAGUAUCGAAAGGAACUUGACUUACAUUUUGGACCACCAUUCGAUGAGUACUUCUUUAGGUGUAUUGGCUAUCACCUGCACGGAGCGAAAUAUAAGCAUCUUUUUCCCAAACUCUAUAAGGAUUUCAUAUUUUUAGCCCACAAAGUGCGUCGUCUGGGUCUGCACAAUACAAUUUCUGAUCUAAAUAAUUAUAAAACUGAAGUCCUAGAUGGUAGCCCUGACAUAUUGUUGGACGAUUUGGUUUUGGUGUUGACCAACAUAGAGCAGGAACUCUUAAGUGCUCCAAUCUGUUAUUUAUUGCAGUACGCCUCGGAAAGCGACAAGCAUAGUAUCCAAGAACUGGCCCUGCAGCAAAUUGCUACGUUUCCACAACAUAAAUGGUGUGAAAGCAAUGAAAAAAUGGUUCCGGAUAAAAAGACCAGACGAUAUGUAAGAAACUUACUGCGCAAAUUAAAUGCAGACGAACGAAAACUUUAUGCCACUUUAUCCAUAUUUCCAUACUUUGCGAGAAUCCCAAACGAACUAUUGUCAGUUCUUUGGAAAGUAGAACCAAUUCGUGCCAGCAAUGUUAAAAGUAAAUUUCUCGCCACUGGCUUAAUACCACUGCUAGAAGACGGAACAAAAAUUUGCCUUCAAUAUGUGUUGAGUUCGUACAUCAAGAAUGAGCUAAACAAACAGUAUUAUAUCGACGCUCAGCAGCUGCAUCGUGAUGUGUUGGAUUUUUACACACGUUAUCAUUGGUUAGCCGAAGACUAUUACUACAGGUGGAUUGGCUAUCACAUGCUUGGAGCGAAAUUUUUCCAUCGUUUCCCCAAUACCUAUAUGGAUCUUCAUUUUCUAGAGAAGAAAAUGCGUAAUGUGGGUUUGGCAAAUACCAUUUUAGAUCUAAAUCAUUAUGAACUCCACAUCAGUAUUGAUGGUAGUCCUCGCAACUUGUUGAACAAUGUGGUUUUGUUUUUGACCAAAGUCGAAAAGGAGCUCCUACAGGAUCCUUAUGGUACUUUAAUCGACUUUGCCUUGAAGAGCAAAGAGGAUCAGAUCAGAGAUCUGGCACAGCUAAAAAUGAAUUGCGUUCAGCGCUAUUUGGAAUUUUCGAAGGUAACGGAGAGUUAUCAAAUAAUACGCUUCCUGGAAUCUGACAUUUGCAUAGCAUAUCAACGGUGUAACCAUUUAUUUUUUUUGUACGACACAACUCUGAGGAAACCCUUGAAGAUGGUACUAUUUUUGAGCCAACCCCCGACGAAUGACCUAAUUGAUAUACAAAUUUUCAAUGCCAACCAACACUUGUUGACUAUGGAUACGAGGGGCCAACUGCUAUGUUGGGAAUUUUCCCAUGAACUAAGGCUCAUUUUGCUUGAACGUCGCCGUGGAAAGGCUGUCCACCAUGAGGAAAAAAUGCUGAAGUGUAUGCUUCUCCAAAACAUUAGCAUACUUCUAUCGCACCCAGUUGUGGCCUUUCACUUGGAGGUCGACCAUAAGCUACUUGUGGCCCUUGCCAACGGCAAUGUCGUUGAGAUGGACUGGGAAUUUGAGGAUUUUCCAGCAAGAGUAACUUGCCAAACAGAGAGCCGGCACAUCAAAUGUGUCUCCACCAUACAAAAUUCCCAUUGGAUGGUCUUGAACAGCAAUGACAAAGACACCAUCGAUAUAGAAUUUAUCAAUAAGCACAACAAGCGUAAAGAAAGCAUAAACUUAAAGUGGCCCCAGAACUUGUCCAAGUUUAUUUACCACGAAGCAAAUGGCAACGAUAUUUUAUUGGUAUUCGAGAAAUCCAUAGUGCGGUUGAAAGUAAAAUGUAAACCAUUCCUUGUCCGUGCUGCUGUUACCCUAUUCGAAACAUCUGACUUCAAUAUCACCUGUGCCAAAUCUUCCUUGAGGCACAAGUAUCUGGUGGUGGGUUCCGAUAGGGGACUAUAUCUCUUCGAUUUAGACAAGCGAUGUGAACCUAUGCGAUCUCUGAUCGAUGAGAAUAUAAACUCGAUAGACAUUUACGAUACCAAUGAUAAAGACUACGCAUGUAAGGUUAUUUGUUGUACAGAAUAAUGACAUUCUAUGAGUUAUGGGUUAGUGCAGGACAGCACGUAACGCCAUGCAUGGUCUGCUUUAGAGGGGAAGGAUAUC